UCGUAACUGUGACGUCUCCUUUUCCAUCAAAAUCUUCAAUUUCCUUUUGAGAAAAUUUCAGAUCAUUUACAAACUUCAAAGUCAAAAUUUGAUUAAUCUCCAAUUCUCACAAAACCUCUGGAAUUUUCUCAGGAGUUAAAUAAUUUUGAUUUUCUGAAGCUUUAACAAAAUUUAACAAUGUUUCCCCGACUCUUUGGAAAACCUAAACAAGAAACAAAUGCUCUAGCUACGCUAGACAAGUUAAACGAGACUCUUGAGAUGCUUGAGAAAAAGGAGAAAGUUUUACUUAAGAAGGCUGCUGGUGAGGUUGAAAAAGCAAAGGAAUUUACUAGAGCAAAAAACAAAAGGGCUGCAAUACAAUGUUUGAAAAGGAAAAGGCUUUAUGAGCAGCAAAUUGAGCAGCUUGGAAACUUUCAAUUGCGUAUUCAUGAUCAGAUGAUAAUGUUAGAAGGUGCAAAAGCAACAACGGAGACUGUUGAUGCUUUAAGAACUGGAGCAGCUGCUAUGAAAGCUAUGCAGAAGGCAACGAAUAUUGAUGAUGUCGACAAAACCAUGGAUGAGAUCAACGAGCAAACAGAGAAUAUGAAAAUGAUUCAGGAAGCAUUGUCAACACCAAUUGGUUCAGCUGCUGAUUUUGAUGAAGAUGAGUUGGAGGCAGAACUUGAAGAACUGGAAGGAGCUGAGUUGGAGGAGCAGCUCCUUCAGCCAGCUACAACCGCUCCUGUUGCGCCAAUUAAUCUACCUGCUGGUAGGCAACAAGUGCGUCCUGCUGCUCAGAAGACAGAAGAAGAUGAGCUUGCUGCUUUGCAGGCUGAAAUGGCUCUUUGAACAGUUCUCAUUGCCUCCCACGAGACAGUGUAAAGAUGUGAUGUAUUCUUAUUGUGGAGGAUUAUACAUCGGGCUCUACUCUCCAUCCAGUCUUCAUGUUGAAUUCGUAACAUGCAUGCAGGAUCAAAAGUAAAUGUGUAAAUGACAGCAGAUGAGUUUACAUUCUAUAUCAAGUUGAAGUGGGAAAGAGCAUGCUACUUUUGCGUGAAAUAUGAAAAAUAUGUUAUAAAAUACUCUUUAAUGAAUUUUCAGGACUUGGUUAUUUAUAUUUGAGAUAUUACGAUGCUAAUUAAACUUUCUAUGCAACGGUUAAAAGAUUUAGGAGUUA